UGUUCAGUCUCUAUGUAAAAGAGAAGAGACUCGCAUUCUUUCUUUUGUUUCAGGCUUUUAGAACUUUCUUCUCAAACCAUUCCUUGAAUUCGCUUUAGAGAAUCAACGUCUUCGAGAAGACUACUUCACGGACAUUCGAGAUCGAUGUCAGAAAUCACAAGAGAAACUACGAUGAUCUUCGAUCUUCCACAUGAUCUAAUAAUAGAGGAGAUAUUUCUUAGGGUUCCGAUGAUAUCUCUGAGACGACUACGGUCUACAUGCAAACGAUUAAAAGAUCUACUCAAAGAUCCGGGAUUCAUCGAAAAGCAAAUUGCUAAUGCCAAAACUACAAGGCAGUAUCAUGUUCUUGUGGUGGUAAAAUUUAGGGUUUAUGCAAUGUGCUCCUAUAUCCAUGGAAAGAACAUGAACGUUGCUCCCUUGUUUAAACGUGGACUUCACCUAAUCGAUCCCCAUCGUAAAUCAGAAGUCGAUUUAUCUCAUGCCUUUCACUGUGAUGGCAUAUUGCUAUGCACCACCAAAGGAAACAUGUUUGUGGUUUGGAACCUGUUUUCGGGGCAAACUCAAUGGAUCAUUACGAAAAAUCCUCUCAAGAUAAACAAUACCUAUGCUCUCGGAUACGACAAGAAUGAAUUGUGCCAUAGCUACAAAAUCUUGAAUCUGGAUAGAUACAAGAAAAAAUUGGAAAUCUAUGAGUUUACGUCUGAUUCAUGGAGGAAUCUUCAUGCCAUCAUUCCUAAAGGCUGCUUGAAAUCUCGUGGCGUGUCUUUGAAGGGGAAUGUUUAUUGGUUGUUUAAACGAAGAGGAGUCAAUGAGUACUCUCUACUUAGUUUUGAUUUUUCCACGGAAACAUUCCAACUUUUGUAUGUUCCCUUUCACCAAGAAGCAGAUUGUUUUGAUGCCAUGGCUCUAUCGGUUGUUAGAGAAGAACAUCUUUCGUUGUUAUUUCAGAGUGUUGUGACACAAAAGAUGGAAAUAUGGAUAACCAAUGAGAUUGAGACCACAUCUGUGUCAUGGAACAAGUUCUUAACAGUGGAUUUUAAACCUCAUCCUCAUAUGUUUUCGCGUAGCAUGAGUUUUUUCAUUGAUGAGGAGAAGAAAGUUGCCGUGUGUUGUGAGAAAGACCAAGAGAAGAAGAUAUUCAACAAGGUAUACAUUGUUGGAGAAGAUGAAUUCAAAGUAUCUCCCGGUUUUGGUUUUAUUGAUUGUAGAGGCAUAUAUAGUUGCCCAACUAUGUUUGGUUAUGUUCCACGACUACUUUAAAUCGAGUAAUAUUAUUUCUUAUGUCAUAGAGUCGAGACGUUUUUUUCGGCUCAAAUGAUGCAUUAGUAUACUCCAAAGUUAGCUCUUCACGGAUCACAUGCAGUUAUAUGGUUCGUGAUUCUGAAACUAUCAAAUAAUAGCCAAAUUGAAAAUUGGUGUAACCGUGUAAGACCA